GGAUAUAAUUAAUAUUCAAGAGAGAACAAUUAAAGAAACAACUCGCAUAUCACAAGCUUCAGUAUUUUUAACUCCACAUUCUUCUUCCAAAGAUAAGCGCAUCGGUGGGCCAGAAAGGACAAUAUCUCAGGAAAAGAAGGUCAUUUAUUUUCAGAGCCAAGUAGUAUUGAGAAGAUAUUGGGAGAGAUAGAUGAACAGAGGCAACUUGUUCCUCUAUAUUCUGAACAACAAAAAAUUGUUUCUGAGAGGCCAACGUCUCCUAGGAGUACUCCCCCCCGGACUACUCCGUUCAGAGAUGUUUCGCCUAAGCAUUCCCCUCCUAGAGAAGUUUCUCCAAGGGUUGCAUCCCCAAAGCCUGACCCUCCAAUAGUUAGCUCCCAAAAAGCUGCCUCUUCUCAUGUUGCCCUUCCAAAGCCUGCCUCUCCUAAGACGGAUUCUCCCAAAGUUGCUUCUUCUAAGGUGAACCAAAACCGUAAAGAAACCAGUAAUGUUUAUAGAGCAGAACCAACUUUUCAAGUGCUUCAACUCUCAGCUAUUAGGAUCCAGUCAAUCUUUAGGGGUUACAUGGCGAGGAAGAAUUUCAGAUCUUUGAGGGGUUUACUGAGGCUUCAAGGAUUUAUUAGAGGUGAUAAUGUCAAAAAGCAAACCGUUAAUGCCAUGAAACAGAUGCAUCUUUUUGUUAGGAUACAAAAUCAAAUUCGAUUACGUAGGAUCAAAAUGUCAGAAAACCAAGCAGCCCAGUGGCAGACUUCCAAGAAUUAUAAGGACGGGGAGAGCACCUUGAGCAAAUGGUCCCUGCCGUCUGAGGCAGGUAACAAUGAGAAUUGGGAUGGUAGCCGGCUGACCAAAGAUGAAGUUGAUGAAAAACGACAAAAAAACUAGAGGCAACCAUGAAGAGAGAGAGAGAGAGCCAUGGCUUAUGCAUAUUCUCAUAAGCUUUGGAAAGCCAAUCCUAAAUACAAAAUGAACAUGCAAUCAAAUGGUUUCCCCUUGUGGUGGAAGUGGUUAGAGCAUGAACUACCUUCUGUAAAUCAUUUCGUAAGCCAGUCUGCUGUAAAAAAUCCCAUCAAUCACCAGCAAGGGCAAUUUCAGAGUGCACACCAAGCCCCCCACUAAGAAAUUACACCGAGUAUGGUGAGCAUUUUGAAGCAGAUACCCCAACAUCAACAAAGUCAUCAGUUCCAGCAAGACCAACACCAUUUCAUACAAUCAUACUCCUGGUAGAACACCUCCUUCUUCAAGCCUAAGAAAAAAGUAUGCCCACUCUGAAGCCAGCUAUGCCGGUUCACCUUAUAAGAGCAUCUCCAAUGGGGAUGUCUAUUCUCUUACACACUCUUACAAUUGGGUCCCAUUUUUUAUCUCACAAAUUUUAUGUGUAGGACCUACAUAUCUCCUUAUUUAUUUUCAUUUUCAUUUUUUACAUCACUUCUAACCCACUUUUCAUCCACUUUUGCUCCUCGAUUCCCGUGUAAUGUCUAUUUGUGGACAUUGUCAUAGACAUUGUCUACAAUUUACUCCUAUCUCUCUCUUCCUUUUCAUUUUUCCAUACACACCACUUUCUCCAUAUUAAAUUAAAAUAAUCAUUCUAUCUCUAUCUCUCUCCUAUGCCACGUAGGAUAAACUUUACUCCAAUCCACUACCCCAUUGGAGAUGCUCUAAGUUCCCUUCGAAGGACGAUGACAGCCUAACAAGCUGUCCUCCAUAUUUAGUUCCAAAUUACAUGUCACCUACCAUUUCAGCCAAAGCCAAAGCCAAAGCCAGUCGAGGGAAGCAUAGGAAGCCCAUCCAGUCACUCAGCCAGGAGGUUAUCCUAUCCUUUGACUUCAAAUGUGGGGUCAUUCAAGUGGAACAGAGGUUCCAGCAAAGGCGGCGCUUCAUCUCUGAAGGACUUUAGUGGAAGUGCGGAUAGGUUGAGUGUACGUGGAUUCUGCUGUUUCCUUUUGUAGGGUUAACCAUUUUUUGCAUGCAUUGGGUGUAUGUAUUGGAGAUUGUGCUUUAUUGUGCUUA